GGUGACCCAGCUAGGUGGAAGAGCUCACUGCUUUUCCAGGCCUGGGCAGAGGCAGGGCCCCUGUGCCCCGUCUCUCCACCAUCCUAGGGGAGUCAAUUGCCUCAUUGCUGACGCUGUCCAGCUGGCCAUGGCCCUCAACCCUCAAGGCCCUUCCACCCACAGACCAUCUCGCUGCUGAGAGAUCCAGGACCUGCCCCCACUUGGCCACCCUCCUCCUCCCCCGACAUCCAGGCCCCAGGGCUGGUGUGUGGCACCCCUGAGACCACAUUGACCUCCAUACUGUCUACUACCCAUAAAGACUCCAAGACGCCCAGGCCAGCUGUCUGGGCAGGACUGAUGCCCGAUCACCCACUAAUACCAAGUACUUGUCCCCAAGAUUGUUAAACAAGGCCAGACCCUCCUGGCCUCAAGAGGAUGGGACUGAAAAACAAAAAGAACACUGAAGACCCAGAGGAGCCCCUGGUCACCUCCCAGAGCACGGAACCUGAGAUCGGUCACCUGCCUCCCUCUAACAAGGAGACCAUCGUGGUCACCCUCCAUGGGGCUACCAACCUGCCUGCCUGCAAGGAUGGCUCUGAGCCGUGGCCCUAUGUGGUGAUGGAAGUAGCUGCGAAAAGCACAUCUGAGGAAAAGAACAACCAGAGCUCCAAGGCAGUCACAUCUGUGACCUCAGAGCCCACCAGAGCCCCUAUCUGGGGGGACAUGGUGAAUGUGGAGAUUCAAGCUGAGGAUGCAGGGCAAGAAGAUGUGAUCCUCAAGGUGGUGGACAACAGAAAGAAACAGGAGUUGUUGGCCUACAAAAUCCCCAUCAAGCACCUGCGUGUCUUCCACCCCUACCACUUUGAGCUGGUGCAGAUGAGUCAGAGGCCUGGGGAACCCACCGAGUCUGGGAAAGCUGAUGAAGCCACUGCAAAGACCCAAUUGUACGCAACAGUCGUUCGGAAGAGCAGCUUCAUCCCCCGCUACAUCGGCUACAACCACAUGGCUCUGGAGAUCUUUCUCCGGGGAGUCAACGAGCCCCUGGCCAACAACCCCAACCCCAUAGUGGUGAUUGCCCGGGUGGUUCCCAACUACAAGGAAUUUAAGGUCAGCCAGGCCAACAGGGACCUGGCCUCCGUGGGGCUACCCAUCACCCCACUCUCCUUCCCUAUCCCGUCUGUGAUGAACUUUGACGUGCCUCGCGUCAGCCAGAACGGAUGCCCUCAGCUGUCCAAGCCUGGGGGACCCCCGGAGCAGCCCCUAUGGAAUCAGUCCUUCCUCUUCCAAGGCCGAGAUGGAGCUACCAACUUCUCAGAAGACACAGCCCUGGUGCUGGAGUACUACUCCUCAACUUCAAUGAAAGGCAGCCAGCCGUGGACCCUCAACCAGCCCCUGGGCGUCUCUGUGUUGCCGCUAAAGAGCCGUUUGUACCGGAAGAUGCUGACAGGGAAAGGCUUGGAUGGGCUUCAUGUGGAGCGGCUCCCCAUCAUGGACACCAGCCUGAAAACUAUCAGUGAGGCCCCCACAGUGGAUCUCUCCUUCCAGCUGCUUUCCUCUGAGAGACCAGAAAACUCGUUGACACCAAACAACAGCAAGGCUUUUCCUACCUUGGACCCCAAGAUUCUAGAUGAGAAGCUGGGAACCAUCCAAGAGUCCUGGUCCAAGGACACAGUGAGCUCCACAAUGGACUUGAGCAUGUCCACUCCGUGGGAAGCAGAGGAGGAACCUCUGGUGCCUGAGAUGUCCCGCAACACAGAGAUGAACAACUACCGGCGGGCCAUGCAGAAGAUGGCAGAGGACAUCCUCUCUCUGCGGAGACAGGCCAGCAUCCUGGAAGGAGAGAACCUCAUACUGAGGAGCUGCCUGGCCCAGCAGGAGGAGGAAGAGGGGCAGGGCAAAGCCAGUGAGGCCCAGAACGCGGUGUCCAUGAAGCAGAAACUGCUACUGAGUGAGCUGGAUAUGAAGAAACUGAGGCACAGGGUGCAACAUUUGCAGAAUGAGCUGAUUCGAAAGAAUGAUCGAGAGAAUGAGCUGCUCCUUCUAUAUCAGGCCCAGCAGCCACAGGCUGCUCUGCUGAAGCAGUACCAGGGCAAGCUGCAGAAGAUGAAGGCGCUGGAGGAGACCGUGCGGCACCAGGAGAAGGUGAUCGAGAAGAUGGAGCGGGUGCUGGAAGACAGGCUGCAGGACAGGAGCAAGCCCCCUCCUCCGAACAGGCAGCAGGGAAAGCCCUACAUGGGCUUCCCUGUGCUCUCAGCCUCUGGCCUUCCCUUGGGUUCUAUGGGAGAGAACCUGCCGGUUGAAAUUUACUCGGUGCUGCUGGCAGAAAACGCGAAGCUGCGGAUGGAGCUAGAUAAGAACCGCCACCAGCCGGCCCCCAUCAUUCUGCAGCAACGGGCCCUGCCGGAUCUCCUCUCUGGUACUUCAGACAAGUUCAACCUCCUGGCCAAGCUGGAACACGCUCAGAGCCGGAUCAUGUCCCUGGAAAGCCAGUUAGAGGACUCAGCUCGACGCUGGGGACGAGAGAAGCAGGAUCUGGCCACACGGCUGCAGGAGCAAGAAAAAGGUUUCAGGCACCCCUCGACCUCCAUCAUCAUAGAACAGCCCAGUGCCCUCACCCACUCCACGGACCUCAAGCAGCCCUCAAAGCUGGAGCCCCUGCUGCCCAGCUCAGACACUAAGCUCAACAAGCCCUCGAACCCCGAGAAGGAGACUGCUAACUCUCAGCAGACCUGAGCCCCAGAGCAGGCCUCCUUCCCUGUAUGCUGGGGAGUCUCAUCCCUGCCCCCUAAA